AAUUACAGGUUUUGCAGGACCGCUGGUGUUCAGAAUAUCAAACACUGAAAUCCUCACUGCCAGCUUCGUUACGCCCUGGCAUGCUCAAGGUUUCUCGACUUAUUGAAUCGAGGUCUCAUAUUUGGGACGUGCGCGAAUUCAAAUGUUGACCUGAACGUUGCCAGACCGCUGUACUGGAGGACCAAGUUUACUUCAUUUCUUCUAACCAUCGCGAGCAUCCUAGGAUUCCCACAUAUGCCGUCUGCUAUCUAGAUCUGUCGUGCUAUCCAUGUAUCUCUUUCACCACUACUUCCGUCACCAUGCCCAGCAUUAAAGAUAUACCGGCGGAAAUAUUCUUGGACAAUCUUUUGCUAAUGUUACCUGUUCCUGACAUCUUGCGGCUAGGAUGCACUAACCGUUUCUUCUACCUUUUGACUAACGAUGAACCAUUUUGGCAUCAGAGGCUCCAACAAGAUUUCAACUUCCCUAGCUCGGAUACGGCCAGAACAACGGGAUGGAAGUUUAUAUAUAAACGUUUGACGAAUCCUAAGGUCUAUCUUUGGGGACAUGCAUCUUGUGGAAGGCUGGGAAAAAUACCACUACCUAUGCAGCACCUCAGUGACGGUGUGCCGUCCCCUCACCAUAUGCAGUUACCAGGAGUGAAAGUGGUCAGUUUGGUGGGCAGCGGCUGGGCAUUCCAUGCCCUCGAUACAAAGGGAAACAUGUAUGUAUGGGGUACCCUGGAUGGAUUACGUCCUGUCUCGAUACGUGACGGGUUCUCUCAAGCUUCAACAAUCACCUAUGUUCCCAUGAGGUUAGGCCUUCCAAAACCUAUUCGCUCUGUCAGCUGUGGUCGCCUUCAUGCUGCCGCUUUUGAUGCCACGGGGAAUAUCUGGAAUCUGACAUCGUGGGGAAGACCAUUCCGUCUCGUCUCUACGCUUCUUGACCGAUCAUCUCCGCAUUCGACUCCCAUCCAGGUCGAAUGUGGCUGGUGGUCCGUCGCGGUCCUUACGGCAUCUAGGGAUGUCAUCAUCUGGUGGCCCACGCGCGGCGAAAUGCUGCAACGCAUUCGGGCAAAGAACCGGGAGCUCGACAAGUACAACCCACAGUCCAAGGCAAAGCCAGUAUCUGACCUAAACCACCAUAACCGAGGCGUUAUUUCCUACAUUCCAUGCUACACUUGGGAGUUAGCCAUGGAUCCUGUACGCCUUCCUGGCAUUCCUGUCAACUCCUUGCCGGACUUGGUGCACACGGGUCUCUCACAUGACGCGCGGCAGGAGGAAACCGUGCUCACCAAGAUUGCUGUCACGGAAAACUCCCUUAUAGGACUGACUAACAAGGGCCACGUUCUGCGCUAUACGAGACUUUUCAAUGAGAAUAGUUACUUGUUGGGUUUGUGGGAAUAUCUGCCGUAUUUCAGCGAUCUUGCCAAGGUCCGAGAUUGUGGUCCUUUUGCAGAUGGCUCCGCUGAUCAUAUAGACCCUCCACAAAUGAUGCAUAUCAACCAUAUAUCUGCCCAUUUCCGAACCUUCUGUGCGUACUCGACGGGGGCCCGAGAUCGAUCUGUCGUCCUUAUAAAUAAACCUGAGAACACUGACACUCCGGUCGUUCCUGAGCCCAACACCGUCAAACCUGUCAUCCAUCCUAACCUUCAGUUCCAAUAUGUCAUUUCCGUCGUCCUAGGUGACUUGCAUUACGCUGCGCUCACUUCCACCGGUAAAUUGUUCACUUGGGGUGAAUACAACAGAGGCGCGUUAGGUUUGGGUGACCCGACAACGAUAGAACCUGGUCAACCUGGUGGUUUUGCUACUGAGGAGGAGAGACAGGAUGUGAUUAGGGAGGGUUUUGCGACCUUGGAACCGCCGGAUGUGAAAGUGCCUACAGAGGUGAAGUUUGAGAAUGGGAGAGAGACGUUUUGUUUUGCUGCUACAGCCGGUGGAUGGCACACCGGAACGCUUGUCAUCGAUAUGGAUCCGGACGCGGAAGAGGGUGUAGUCACUGUAGAGGAGGGAGCAACACAUUAACGUCCAAAUCAUUCUCAGCAGGCUCAGCUUUUGCAAUCUAGGUCAAAUACUGAUGAUCUAGUUGAGUGCGAGUUUGUCUUCUGCGUUGCAUCUUCUGAGAGGGGAGGACAAGAUCAAGAUCAGUUGUAAGGUGUUAUUUUACCUACAUGUUGGAAAGUAUAUACCAUACCUGGGUGUUCUUGGAUAUAGCGAACACCGCUUUGUAGUACUGGGUUUUUCUUAUCAUUAAGUAUAGCUAUCUGUCUGCUCAUAAUCUAGUUCUCUCUUGAACUGUC